UCACCACAGUCACCGCAGCCGCCGUCAGAAGGCAAAUGUGACAAGUUGCUGCCAGUGCCACUCGCUGGUCAUUGUGACAAGAGCCCAAGUUUCAUGCUCUCCAGAGGAACCGCCGUCGCCUCCUCGACUGAUCUACAGGUACAAGUGGCUUUGUGGUGGCCAACUCCUCCUCCUUGGUGGGUGUUUGAUGGAACCGCCCAUUUCAUCCAUGCUUACCUUGCCCUCAACUUACCACAUCAGGUCUCUCUCUGCGCCAGUCCAUGAACACGCCCUACCGGUCCGCAGUGCAUACGAUUACAAGCCCGAGAGCUUUCAGCCUGGUCUAGACCCACCGUUCUGCCAGGGUUCGCUGCUAGGGUUUGUUAGGCUUGUGUUUCAGGCUUUGCCUCGUCCAUUCUGGUCUCGCGACAAGUUUGCCAUCCUUCCACCCAAUCUCCACCCCGUCGCUCUUCUUCAAACUGCCAACAUUGUCAUCAAGUCGCACUACCGCAUUUGUUCUCUCUUGAGCUGAUCAAUCCCAGCUCACCGUCUCACCAGCACCAGCAGGGCCUAACAAACUUUGAGACGGAUUCUUUUGGAAGCCCCCUUCCUACCUAUGUCACAGAGUUCACACCAGCUGGGCCCGCCAACAGCUGUCCUUCUGACUUGAUCCAACAUUUGAGUCCCCUCCACCCGCCCACCCCUGCCGCCCUACAAAGAACAGGCUAUUGAGCAAAGGAGGGGAAAGGCGCCUCAUAUACAAACAUGGCCGACCUCGCCCGUGAGGAGGCCGAUCGCUACUUCUCCCACCGUGACCACCUGACUUCUCAUCCAGAGGAUCGCGACGACGACGAUUCUGACGCCGACGUUGAGCCUGAACCUGCAUUUGACAAUCUCUCAGACCCUGGUACAGACGACGAUACCGCCGGCAACAUGGCGACUAUGACCACCACAAAGACCACCUACCAUCUGCCCUCACAAGUCCACUAUGCCAACACUGGGCCCAAAGGAGUCAUUGCGGAUGCCCAGUCGUUUGCGCGUGCCAAACAAUCAUCAAGCUUCCGGCAACGACUGACCAGCUUCGCCAACAACUUGACCUCGAAUGGCAAGGCAGCAGCAAUCCCGACCGUCACAGAAAAGCGUGACAAGCGCAGAACCAUUAUUUCUGGAUCCCCCAAGUCAACCACAUCCUCGAACUCCGACACGAACAUUACCCUCUCCGACGAUGAGGCCGAUUCAGAGUUCAUGAAAACCUGGCGAGCCAACCGCCUGCAGGAGCUCUCGUCCCAGUCCCAGCCCACCUACGGCUCUCACCGAAAAAACUACCCUAGCCAGCGCACCUGGGGCAUGUUCAUGGACGUGGAUGCAAAUGGCUAUUUGGAUGCAAUCGAAAAGGUCUCCAGCGAGACCGUCGUCGUCGUCAUGAUAUACGAUCCUUCGUCCAGUGCCAGCGCCGAGGUGGAAGAUGAGCUGAGCAUGCUCGCCUACAAGCAUAAUACCACCCGCUUUAUCAAGUUACACCAUGAGAUUGCGGAGAUGGAGUCGGUCGAGAUCCCUGCUAUCCUGGCCUAUAAGGCUGGUGAUGUUUUUGCUACGAUAUCCGGCGCAAGGGCAGAGGGUCUGGAAGGUGUGCUGCAACAAAACCGUGUGCUCCAAUGAGAUAUUCCAACACCGAGCUUGUGAAUUGCAUCCUCUCCUGUUCCAUACCAUGUAUUAAUAGGUCGCUAUGCCGAUUUAAACUCAGAUCCUGCCCACCAAGUUGCUCGGCAACGAAAAAUGGACGAUGCAGAUCUGGUCGAAUAUUCUCCGACCACCUCUCCCGAGUUAGACUCGUUCAGCAUACGGACUUGGUCUCUGGCCCUUGGCCCGGACCCGGGGCGCCUCCUCCGCACUCUCUAGCAGCCACUCAUCUCCCAUAUGAUACCAACGACACAAAUCGGACGUCUCACUCCGCCCUGCCGGGCUUUGUUUCCUUGUACAUACAAUCGGCCAAGCAAAGCACGGCACGGCACCAGCCAUGACCACAGCACUCUCGACGAGGGACACAUCGCUCCCAGCCAAAAAUACAAAAACCCCCCCAAAAAAAGGAGAUUUGGAAAGCCAAGCUCAGAAGCUUGGGUUCCGAAUCCACCAACUUACGAUCUACGUAGAUGCCGUCGGGACAUGAGGAUCUCUGGGCGGAAUUUUUGAUAUUGACGCCACAACACAUAGACUUAUUGGAUACCUAUCUAACAGGGAAGAACUCGCGUUCUGCACAUGGGCGGGAAAUCUACUAUUAUUACAAUCCAAAUGACAAAAAAAAACAAUAUCAAAAACACAC